GUGGAGACGAGUCUUUGUCAGCCGAUUCAACAGUUCUUGAUGCCUGGGAGCGAAGGUCGAAGUUGGCCUGAGUGGCAAACGCCGUCGCAAGUUGCAGCACUGUGCACAGCUUCAGGUGCCUCGCUUUGGGAUGGCCUUGCCGCGGCACCAGAUCGGCCAGGAAACUUGCCUUCGCGAGGUGCAACUCUGCGGAAAGCACUCCGCAACGUUGCUCCGCCCUUGCAUGCAGCCGCAGUCGAGAGGUUGGCAUCGUGGCGCGACAAAGUAGCUGAAAUCGCUGAUGUGUCCCCACAGUGGGUAGUGCCAGACAAGUUAUUGGCGAGAGCAGCAGCAGCUUCCACUUCGGCGGAGGCCCGUGCUGCGUUGGGCGAAGUUUUGGAGUUGGAUUUGGUCGUCGACCCUGAUGUCGAGCAUGCUUUGACCGGAGACGCUCUGCAGGUGGCCCGACAGUCUCACCUUACGGAGACCUCGCUGGCAGAGCUGCUCGAGCACUUGUCAGCGGCACGUCAAGUUCACCACGUUCCGGAUGAAUGUUCUGAAACCAGCUGUGCGCGGUGGUGGCUUCCUUUCUCGUCAGCAGCUGCUUUCCGGGAGGCCGUGUCCAGGAAGACGUCCGGGAAACCUCCAACGCCUCGCAGCCAAUAA